AUGAAGUUCAUCGCCAGUCUCCCCUACCUCGCCGCUCUGGCCAACGCUCUUGCUGUCGACAUCAGCAAGCGUGACUCUCCCAUCAAUGUCGAAAUCGAGAUGGUCAGCAACAGCGAAGUCAAGGCGAAGAUCACCAAUACCGGCGGCGAGGCCCUGAAUGUUUUCAAGACCGGAAGCAUUCUUGACAAUCGCCCUAUUGAGAAGACUGCCGUGUCCGUGGGUGGUGAGAACGUCGCAUUCAGCGGCCUGAAAAUCUUCGUGGACUCCAACCUCGUCGACGCCGAUGAGUUCCAGACUCUGGCCGCCGGCGAGACCGUCGAGGCCCAGUGGGACGUAGCCGAAGUGCACGACCUCAGUGCCGGUGGCGACUUCGACAUCGCGACCACGGGGUCCCUGAAGUACGCCACGGCCAACAGCACCGAGAUCAUCGGCGAGGCCAGCAUCGAGUCCGCCCCCAUCAAGGUUACGGUGGACGGCGCGCAGGCCUCGAGCGUGCACGAGAACUCGCCGCUGAAGCGCACCGUGAUCGCGUCCGACUGCAGCUCCUCGCAGAGGAGCACGCUGACCUCGGCGCUGUCCGGGUGCGUGCAGUACGCGCAGGGCGCGGCGUCGGCGGCCAGCUCGGCGCCCGCGGCCAAGCUCGAGGAGUACUUCAAGAGCUCGUCCUCGAGCACGCGCAGCACGGUGGCGCGGGCGUUCAACAACAUGGCGACGCAGUGCGGCAGCGCCUCGAGCGGCAACACGCAGAUCCGCUGCACCGACUCGGCCGGCGCGUGCCAGGGGUCCGUCGUCGCCUACACGGUGCCCAGCCAGAGCUACAUGCACUACUGCCCGAGCUGGUACUCGUACCCGGCCUCGACCAGCACCUGCCACGGUACCGACAGGCCCUAUGUCGUCGUCCACGAGGCUACGCACCUGACCCAGGUCAAGGGCACCGACGACUACAGCUGCUAUGGGUACAGCUGUGUUCGCGGGCUGACUGCAGCCCGGAACUUGAACCAUGCUGAUACCUAUGCUCUGUUCGCCCAAGCUAUUCGGGUCAACUGUUAA